CUUUACAGUGCAAGACCACGCGCUAUGUGCAACUCGACGUCUCAUGAUCGUUGGGUUAUGAGGAGGACCUGGGCGGCGUUUCCUACAUUCAAAAAUGGUGUUUAAGGCGAUAUAACUAUCGCGGCCGAUUCUUUUACUCUGUCGCAUUGCCAAACCCAGAAUUGCGUCAACGCACAUUUUCCACCAUUCUACCAAUGUGGGACAAACUUCUCUCCGUGUUCAAAGGCAAAGGGGGGGAAGGCGAAAAGUCCCGCCCCGUCAACCGACGACAUUUAUCAACACCUUCUGACCCAUUCGGCGAUUCGACCGAAGAAGCGAAUCCGCCAUCGCGCGAGGAUCGAGAGGACUCUGGAGUCCGUCUCCACCACUCUCUGGAAGAGGCCCUUGGGCGAGAGCCGCGGGGCGAGGAUGCAUUGGAUGCCGAGGAUGAUGAGGAGGACGUCCCUGUUCGCCACCACACUCUUGAAGAGAACAUUGAGCUCGCGAGGGAACUGUCACAGGAGCUGGAACGCCAGUCCGAGGAACUGAGGAGGUCCUCAACCAGCAACGACCACACGGCCGCUCGUUCAGCCAAGUCCCAAUAAUCACCUCAGCGGUCGCUGAUAUCUAUCGAUGAUGGCUACACAUCUAAUACGGAAAGCUCUAAUAUGGAAAGCGGUGGGGACAAGGGCUUCGGUGGUUUGUCCCCGGUAAAUCACUUUGGCGUGCAUUUGAAGAGUCAGGUUUCUUUUGAUUCGGCGCCGAGGAGUGAUAGUCUCUCACCAUGAGGAGGAUGCGUGGGUGGGUUUACGAUGCCGGUUGUUUGAUGCGCAGGCUGUUUUGCUAUAUCGAUCGCCGGGUCAAGCGCUUGGUAUUACAUGCCGGGGUCGUCACACACAUGCGAUACUCGCAGUGAAGGGUAUUGUCUCUCGCGAGGCAAAGCACUAUAUAAUUUGUCCAAGCUACCCUCUCCAACCACCACGUUCGUUCUCAGGCCAAAACUUGCGUUCUUGGCUUGCACGACGAGUUACUAUUACCCAGGCCAUGAGAACUGACCGAUCGCUUGACCGACCGACGGGGAGAAAAGGCAACGAUAGGGAACUGCGACGAAGGAACUACACAAAAGCAGGUAGAGCCAUGCGGGAAUUUAGAUCUAUAACAAAGAGUGGUCCUUCUC